AAGUUUACUAACUAGGCAAGAUUUUAAAAUUAGAACGCAAUUCACGCAUUGGGCAUGGUAUCGAGUCUAUGUGUACGGGGUUGAAGCUAGAGACUGAUUUGCUCCCGACGUCGUGUGGCUAAAAAUAGAUAUUGAUAUUAGGCAAUUGUCUUUGAGCGGCGAGAGGCGAAACUUUGUAAGUUUUUCACUUCCUGAUGCAUAUUCAUGCAGAGCGGAACACAAAGCCGAUUGGAUGACUAAUUUCUGUGCGAAGUACUGAAAAAUGUUUGCCCAAAAUGAUGAUCCGUCGGCGAUCGGCGAUUGGCAUCGCGAGAAACGGCUCGGAAGUGGUGGGUUUGGAGUAGUUACCUUGUGGAAAAAUCAAGUAACGAAGGAGAUGGUGGCGAUAAAAAAGUUUCACAUUCUUCACGAUAAAAGUGAAAUGACAGACAAGCAUUGCGAACGAUGGCAGAAUGAGGUUACGCUAAUGACCAACAAAGUUCGAAAUGAAAACAUUGUGCGUACAGUUCAGGUUCAACCGGAGAGCUUCCUUGCAGAGCUAUCAAAGUACUCGGCAAACAAUCUUCCAAUGCUUUGCAUGGAAUUUUGUGAGGGUGGAGAUCUAAGGCGAGUUCUCAACCGAUCCGCUAGUUGCGGUGGAUUAAGCGAGUUAGAAGUACGGGAAAUUCUACGUUCGCUUCGCAAUGCAAUUUCGUGUUUGCAUAGUUUGAAAAUAACACAUCGCGAUAUAAAACCGGAAAAUAUUGUACUAAAACAGGAGGGCGAUCGCACCGUCUACAAAUUAACCGAUCUAGGGUACGCCAAGGCAUUGGAUAAGCAAAGUUUAAAUGCUAGUCUUGUUGGAACUGUGGAGUACAUUGCGCCUGAUUUGAUCUAUUGCGAUCGAUACAAUUGCUCGGUGGAUUAUUGGUCCAUGGGAAUCAUCGGAUUCGAAAUCAUUUGCGGCAUACGUCCAUUUAUUCCUCACACUUCGGUUGCCAAGUGGAUGAUGCACGUUCAGCAGAAAAAGUCAAUGCACAUAGCUAUUACUGAGGACAAUCGGGAUAACUACACUUACCAUAGUGAAAUCUUCACAGAGAACCUCAUUAACUCUGGAUUAAAGCAGCAUCUUGAAAAGUGGUUGGUUUUGGCCUUAGAAUGGAAUCCGAAGCAGCGAGGACAUGUUUUUCAGGUUGGAGAUAAAGAACUGUCUGAACAACAACUGAAGUCAGUUAAAUUUGCGGAUAAUCCCGAAUCUAAGCCGGUGCAAGUGCUCAAAAUCUUUUCUCUUUUGGAUACGAUUCUUCAAAAAAAGUUUCUAUCGAUUUUUUCGCUUUACGGCUUUCAAUUCGUAAUAGUCGAAAUCACCGAAAGUACUAAUUUCGAAGUGGUAAGAAACGCUGUCGCUAAGCAAACGGGCAUGUCUGAAGAUGCAAUCGAGUUUGUUCUACCACUGGAACAAAAGCUGGAUCGUAUCACGGAAAGCACUAAACCGAUUGAUCUCUUUUUACCCGGUUUCUACGAGAAACCUAUGCUUUUUGUAGUCAAUAAACAAGGUGCCAUUAUACAGUCGGAUUUGAAGCCGGAAAUACCAAAGAUUGUGUCGGACGUAUUUCAAAACAUAAAAGUAAAACUAAAGCCUCACAUGCUGCGCCAGUUUGCAGGAAACGCACAUUAUUUUGUGACAAAAGAACAGCGUUUAUACAUGCUGGCGCUAGAGGGAAUUAAAAACUAUGGGUUGAUGUUGAACGAAGAGAUCGUGAAGUACAAAGUUGAAGUAAGCCGCCUAAAUAAGAUUACGUACGGAAUAACCGGUGGGUUGGAGUUUCAUAAAUUGGCACUGAGUCAUACGAAGGAAAAAAUGAUUACGAAAAAGCUUUCCGAUCAACUUCUACAAAAAUCUAUCGUUUUAUGGGAAGAGAGACGUGCCCGAAUGGAAACUAGUAUUGCAAAGCUAGUAGAGGUCGCCGACAAAAUCACUCUGCGUUAUGAAUCCGUACUGAAGCGCAGCCGUGUCGCCGCUUGCCAUCAAUUGCUUAAAGAUUACGAACAGCAAGACCCGUUCAACUUGAAAGCACUUGACGGACGCUACGAAAUUGUCCGUGCACAAAUAUUGGAAAAGAGCACGCAUGAGAAAUCGCACAUCGAUAUGCUACAAGCGGUGUACGAAUGUCUAAAGAAGAGAGAUAUUCUACUGCGUGACUAUGAGUUCAAGGAACUACAACAACAAAUGAUUGACAUUCGCCGGGAAAUGCAAGAAAUACGGAAAGCAUUGGAGAAGGCCUUAGAACAUGCGGAAAAGUUCAAAAAAGAACUGGCUAGAAUUACCAUUGAACACAAUGACAACAUGUGGAAUCUUGUGCAAAACAUUGCAGGUAGUCCAGUUAAACAUGAUCCAGUUUACAAUGGUGCUACAUCAACACUACCAGAUAUCGAAGGGAUGAUGAGCUCUAUUCGAUUGGAGUCUUCCGUUAGCAAUGGUCUAAAUUUCCAGAUCGGUGGUACUGUUUCCACUUUGCAAGAUUCUAUAGGUGAAAAUGCUGUCAAUAACAGUUUACUAUGUUUCGGUGAAGGGCCAGAUGUUGGCUCAUUAAUAACCGCCAAUGAAUCGUUGAUAAUGACUACUGACGAUUUGAUCAACGAUGGAUUCGAUUUAUUCAAAUAAUAUGAAAAAUUUGCGUUCCUUCCGUUGCGUACUUCAAAGUGUAUCAUGUUAAACUGUGUUAAUUGCAGUCAAACAAUUAUUUCAGCUUAGUUUUUAUUUAUAAAUAAAAGUAUUUGAAUAUAUCUAAUGUUACUUCAUAUUUGCUAAAUCU